AUGGUUCUUUCAAUUUGUAGCACAUAUUUAAAAAAAAAUAAGUCAAAUCCCUGUCAACACCCUAUAGAAAUUUUGACAAACGUAACUUACGAAACACUAAAAGACUUGCUACAAUACCAUGGAGAAGUACAAAUUAGACAAGAGGACUUAAAUACCUUCAUUGAAACGGCCAAAUGUUUUCAAGUACAAGGACUCACUGGAGAUACAAAAGUUUUAAACGAUAAUAAUGGAAAUGUCGGAUAA